UAACGAAUGAAAUGAUGCUUCGUGUCGGCCUUUAAGAUGUUACUCCAAUAUAAUGUAAUCCCAAAUUAUCUUCUCGAAUGGUCGUCUAGUAUUUUAUUCUAUGUCGAGAACCGGCAAUCUAGCAAUCUCACGACAUUUUCCGAAAGUCAGGUUCGUUCUUAUUCGUAUUCUUUCGUAGUCGAUCGCUGAAUCCCGGACCAUUCUCGCGAAUCGUUGAAUUUAUGCACUUGUUGUGAACAAUGGCAACAGUAUUGGGACGUGUUAUCGUUUACGGUGGAAAGGGUGCACUGGGUUCUGUUUGUGUUUCCCAAUUUAAAUCAAAGAAUUGGUGGGUUGGAUCUAUUGAUAUGAAACCGAAUGAAGAUGCAGAUGCUAACAUUGUUCUAAAAGCUACUAGAAACUGGGAGGAGCAGGAAAGUGAUAUCCUAUCAGAACUGAAAAAGAUUUUGAAUGAAGAAAAAGUGGAUGGGGUAAUUUGCGUAGCCGGUGGAUGGGCUGGAGGAAAUGCUUCUAGUUCAGAUUUUAUCAAAAAUAAUGAUCUUAUGUGGAAACAAAGUGUUUGGAGCUCAGCUAUUGCGGCUGAAAUUGCAUCCCAUUAUUUGAAGACAGGAGGAUUUCUUGCAUUGACUGGUGCUAAAGCUGCAUUAGAAGGAACCCCAGGUAUGAUUGGUUACGGGAUGGCUAAGGCAGCAGUCCAUCAAUUGACCAAAUCCUUAGCUUCUAAGGAUAGUGGUUUACCUGAAGAUUCUAUUGUUUCCGCUAUUUUACCUGUUACUUUGGACACUCCAAUGAAUAGAAAGUGGAUGCCUAAGGCUGACAAAAGUACAUGGACACCUCUUGAAUUUGUAUCAGACUUGUUUUGGAAAUGGUCUCAAAAUAAAGAUCGUCCUGCCAAUGGUAGUCUUCUUCAGCUGAUUACUAAAGACAACAAGACAACAUUGGUAGAAUCUUAAAAAUAAAAAUGAGAUUCUGGAAAAAGAUUAAUGGGAACAAAAAUCUCUGAAAGCAUUUAAGACAAUAAAUAAUUAAUCAUUAUAAAAAAUAAAAAAUAUUCUAUAUCUCGACAUAAUUUCUGUGAAUAUCCAAGUAUAUUAUAUUGUUAGAAUAUAUUGUUAAAUGUUGUCUGUUUCAUUAAUAUUUCUUUUAAUUUCUACAUAGUUUUACUCCUAUAACCAUUCCACAAUGAUAAAAUUAUUUUUAUUUGUACAGACAAAUAUUAUUGUAAAUAAUUAUAAUUCUUAUUAUACAUAUGUUUAAUGAUUAAAAUGCAUUCCUAUAUAAA